AUGGCUAGCCCAAAUAGAGAAGAUUUAGUCCUCAAAUGUAUCGAUGGUAAAUACAAAGGCCGAUUCAUCUAUGUGAACCCGAAUGUAAACUAAAAUUAGUCAGAAGGCGAAAAAUUUGGGUCAGGAAAUCCAGAGGUCGAUGGCUUAACCAUUUCUAUAGAAAAUGUUGGGCUUGAUACCCGACAUGCCAAAAUUGAAUACAGCAAUGGCCACUACUACCUAACUGACUUAGGCAGCUCAAGCGGAACUUGAAUAAAAAUCCCACAAGAUCCAGAAGUAUCAGAAGUCCUUGACCUCGGAAAAAUCAUAAAAUUAGGCAAUAUUGAUCUUGAAGUCACUGAAGGAAAAGAAGUAAAUUUAUCUGAUAACUGGGCAGAUAUGUUUAAACAUGAAUAUUUAUUAUUAAAAUCAAUAGGAGAAUUUACACUUGACGAUUUUUUGAAUAUUAAUAUACAGGUUCUUGAUAUGAGUAAAGAAAAUAAACAGGAUUUAGGAAAUGCACAAAAAUCUUUAAUAAAGUGGCCGAAGAAAUUAAGAUCGGUUAGACUGUCUUCAAAUAUGCUUACAAUUGAAAUUGGCUGAAAACCGGUAAUUAUUGGAAGCUCGUCUGAGUGUGAUGUAGUUAUUCCUACAUUGGAUGACCAAUUGGUAAAGAUAUACUAUGAAGACAAUAAAUAUUGGAUGACAAAUCUCAGCGAAAAAGCCUCUUCAGCUUUUAGAAAGCUAAAAGAAGGAGAAAAAUAUUUGAUUAGACCUGGAAUAAAUUUUAAAAUUGGAGAAGUUGAGUUUAGCACCUCACGGUUUAAUGUUGGGUUAGAUUAGAUUAGAUUAUGUGCUGUGUGUUUAUAGUCCCCACUUCCAAGAUACCAUGCAUUCCGCAGCAACAAGUCGUUGCGGGGUGGGCUCCCUCAAGGCAACUUAGGCCCGGGCCGAACCCCCCGGUUUCUCGGUAGUGCAUUUCCCUUUGACCCGAAUGGGUUUUGCAGGAACCACCAUUCCAACCCAAGCGCCAGUAUCACCACUUCGCUUGGCCAGAUCGCCCCUUACAGGAAACCUUUUAAACUGGAGAGACUUGCGCCCUUGAGAUCGUCGUCGAGCUUCGCCUUCUCUUGAGCAGCUCUUCGCACCCAAAAACCACGUCCGGAUAUGCAUAGGGACAUCCGUCACUGCCAUUUUAUGUAUAUGGUUUAAUGUUGGGUAUUGAAGUGAAGUAGGCUUAAGACCGACAAUGGAAGAUGCUCAUCAAAUUAUUGAUAAUUUGUUUAUAGAUAAUGAAAAAACAUUAUCAUAUUAUGCAGUAUACGAUGGCCAUGGCGGAUCAAUAUGCUCUAACUCUUUUUAUAUUAAAAAUAUCAUAAUUUAAGAUUAAGAUUAAGAUUACGCUGGGUAUUUAAGGUCCCUACUACGUCCGAGGUCGCAUGCCACGGUUUUCCCGUGUGGUGGCAGAGCGUUCACCAAGCCCGGGCCGAAACCCCCGGUUUCUCGGUAGAGGUAUUGUCAAGGGCCGUCUUAUACCGGCUUUGCUGACCACCUCCAUUUCCAACUUGGAUCGUCGCCUAAGUUUACGCCAACUCCGCUUCGUCGUCCGCCAGAUCUGCCCAUUGAAGGGCACCUUUUCAACUGGAGAGACCCCCGUCUCGAUGUCUAACUCGCCUCCCCUCUUUUUCGGUCAUCCCGAGAAAGAACUCAACAGCUUUCGCCAUUCGGGGCGAGCCACUAAAGCAGCUUAGGCAGGUAAUUCACCCUGCCUCAUUUCGGGCACUCACUGGGCUGAGCGCUGCUGGCAAAAAGAAGUCACGAAUAACUGCCCAUGGGUCUGGUCGCAAAAACAGCGGUUCUCGCGCUUAGGCCUCUCGCUUCGAGGUCCCGGACGUUGUUGGGCUAAUUCCUGGCUCCAAAAACCAUGCCCGGAUAUACAUGGGUAACCACCACUGGGAGGGUGGGUCGGUCGCCAUACGCCAUUUUAUGUAUAUAAAAAAAAUAUCAUAAUAAAGCCAUAAUUUUUAUAUCACAUCGAAAGCCUGUUUAAUUUUGCAUUAAUUGUAAAAGUAAUCAUGAUGGAGUGAGUUUUUAAAAAAUAAUCUUCACAAAAUUAUCAAAAAAAAAAUAAAAAAUUAUGAAAUCGAGCAUUGGCCAAGACAAAUUGCUAGAUCUUGUAUAGAAUGCGACCAGCUUUUUUACGAAACUUAUAAAGCUCAAGCAAACUCUGUAGGCUCCACAGCAGUAAUUUCGAUAAUUUUGGGAAACCGCAUAAUAGUUUGUAAUAUAGGAGAUAGCAGAGCAGUUUUAUCAAGAAAUGGAGCUCCAAUACAGCUUUCUAGAGAUCAUAAACCAACUCUGCCAGAUGAAUCGAAAAGAAUUGAAGAAAACGGUGGAAAUGUGAUUUUUGGAAGAGUUCAAGGCAAAUUAGCAGUUUCAAGAGCCUUUGGAGACUUUGAAUUUAAAGAAAAUCAAUGUUUAGAAGACGAAGAACUGAUUGGAGAGCUUGUAAUUGCAGAGCCUGAAAUUGAAAUAGUAGAAAUAAAUAAAGAAAUCGAUGAAUUUAUAGUUUUAUACUAUUCUGUUCAUAAAUAUGCAGAAUUUAAAUAAUCUAUUCCCUAAUUUUUUUAUAAAAUAAAUCCAAUCUUCAUAGCUAUUAUUUAUUUUUAUACCAAAAGGUCUAGGAUGUGAUGGACUAUUCGAAGCCUUUUCCAACGACGACCUAAUUUCCCAAAUCCGUCAAAAAAUAAGAAAAAUGUUUCCAUUCGAGCAAGACCCUCAAUUUAUCAUCAAAGAUAUUGUAAAACAAGCAGUAACUGAUGGCUUAACAAGCGAUAACGUUUCCGCAAUAUUAAUUUUACUUUCGGGUGGAAUUCAAUAA